AUCAAUUGAAUGCUACAGCACUUUUACUUUACAAAUAUCUAAAAAUAAAAAAAGCGUACAAAAAAGUAGAUUUUGUCGCCGUUGUUACUUACGUUUGUUUAAUUUUUAUUUUAAUAAUAAUUUACACGUUUAAGCUGUAAGUAUAAACAUAUACCAACACUUGUAGGUGUAAAGAAAACGGUUGGAAAAAUUCUAAAAAAGUGCAAAUUUAAGUGACAAAAGGAGAUGGGAACUAAUGGUGUUUAUUUUAAAACCAAAUAAAAAAAUACCAAGCUUGAUUCAGUUUACUUCAUUAAAAAAUGCGAGUAGAUAAAAUCACAAUCAAUUUAAUAGUGAAACAGCACAGACAUGUUUAAAAUUUAAUAAUAAAAAGUGUUAAGAAAUUGAAAUCAAAUAUUACAUCUUAAUUUGUAACAAUAUUUAAUAUAUUAUAUUUCGGUAAAUAAAAAAUUAAAUCAAAGAAAAAAUAAACAUGUCGAUCCAUUCAUCGCGAUCAUUGGUCACAUCACCUCUUGCUGCAACGGAGCCAAUAGAGCAUACUCAGAUGUUAAGAGAGGGUCUCAUAUCGCCAAAGCCCAAGCAAAUAGUUUUUACUACUAAAUCAGAUCGAUCACCAGCACAAAAAACAAAAAACUUUUUACGCAAUCGAAUUUGUUUGCUAAAUUGGAUCGGCAAAUACAAUGUAGAGUGGGGUAUAAACGAUGUCAUUGCUGGGAUUACAUUGGGCUUAACAAUCAUACCCGAAAGUAUCGCCUGUGCUCUUCUAGCUGGAUUACCGGCUCGUUAUGGUUUAUGCUCCGCCUUUAUUGGUUGCUUUAUUUAUCUAUUCUUUGGUUCAAUCGAUAAAGUCAUUAUCGGACCCACAAGUCUGGUUGCUCUAGUCAGUGUGCAAUUCACUGUGGGCAAGCCAAUAGAAUUUGCUUUCAUCUUAACAUUCUUGAGCGGAAUAGUACAAUUGAUUAUGUCGGCACUUCAAAUGGGUUUUAUAUUUGAAUUUAUUUCAACGCCAGUUAUCAAGGCAUUUUCUUCUGCAACUGCUAUUUUGGUGAUUGAAUCUCAGAUAAAAGUGCUUUUGGGCAUUAAGUACUUAGUAGCUGGUUUCAUAGAAUCAGUUAAGACACUCUCGAUGAGAUACCAAGAAGCAAGUAUUGGAGAUUUGGUAAUGGGUAUUACUGCUAUAGUGUUUCUCAUUGUAUUUGAGUUUUUAGAAAAAAUAAGUUACAAUUCGAAAGUCAGUAAAUUGGGACGCAUUUGUUGUCGUUAUUUAUCAUUUUCACGCAACACAUUGAUCGUGUUAAUUACUGCGAUAGCAUCUUAUAUAUGGAUACAAGUGGAUUCCCAUGUGCCAUAUGCUUUAAGUAAGAAUGCCCUUUCCGGUUUGCCCAAUUUUACGAUACCAGAUUUUAUAAUAGAGUCUCCAGAGAAGAUAUAUAACUUCUGGGACAUAUUGUCGGAGCUAAAUGUAGGUAUAAUCGUCAUACCUAUUAUUGGCGUUUUGACCAAUAUUUCUAUAGGAAAAUUAACUCCUAAGGGUAUGGUGAAUACUAAUCAAGAAUUAGUGACAUUGGGUUUAUGCAAUAUAUUUGGCUCCUGUGUCCAGGCCAUGCCAUCUUCUGGUGCCUUUACUCGAUAUGCCAUCAGUACGGCAUGCGGCCUUAAAACUCCAAUGGCCAACUUAUAUUCAGGAAUUGUUGUUUUGCUCGCUCUCAGUUAUUUAAGUCCAUAUUUCAAUUAUAUACCUGAAGCAACAUUGGCGGCAGUAUUGAUUUGUUCUUUAUUUACUUUGCUUGAUUUUAAGUUACCUAUUCGUUUGUGGCAUGAGUCUAAACGGGAUUUUAGUGUGUGGGUAGUUUGUUUUAUCGUUUGUAUAUUAUGUGGUGUGGAAGUUGGUCUAUUUGUUAGCAUAAUUAUUAAUGUUCUACAUUUGUUAUUUUUGUGGGCUCGUCCUGAAAUUGCGGUCAAAAUCAAAGAGAUUGACGAUAUGCAGUACAUAUGUGUUACUCCUGGAAAUGGCAUUUAUUUUCCUGCAAUCAAUCAUUUGCGUGCUAAAGUCCUCAAGGCCGCCGCACAGGCAGAAUUCAAAAUACCAGUAGUAAUCGAUUGUCAUAAAGUUACAGGUUUAGAUUUUACUGCAGCUCAAGGUUUUGUUAAGCUAGCUAGUGGGCUCCGGUCAGAUACAGAUGAAGAUCAUGCAACAUCCGAAGCUGGCAGUAGUGGAGGUGAAGCUUUACUAAUUUUAUAUCGAAUGGAAGUAUCUUUGCAAAGGCUGAUUGAUAAUGUAGAUAAUUUGGUGUAUUGUGAGACGGAAGAAAAGAUUCGCGAAUUUUUAACCCAAGAAUCUUUACGCAAUGGCUUUAUUAAUCUCAAGGAGCAUAUAAGGGCCUCAAUUGACUUGGGAUAUAAAAUCGAUGUUGAAUAAUUACCCAAGAACGCCGAAAACAAAAUUAGCAGAAAUUCAUAAAUUAUUUAUAUUUAUAAAAUAAAAAUGUUUUUUAAUAUAUAAAAAGGUGCUUUAAGUCUUUAAAAUGGUUCCCAAUUGACACAAAUGCUAAUGGCAUACAAUUAUGAAACGCAAAUCUACAACACUACACAACUCACUUUUCUAAAUCCCUACUUUACUUGGACAUUCUAGACCACCUUCUGACUCCUCUUUAUUUUAAUCUCUGAAUUCCCGCUCUACCUUAUAAGACCACAAUCAUCGCAUUAAUUUUGUGUCAGUGUUUCAGAGUGUUUGAUGCAUAAAGAAUGAUGAAUAAAAAAAAUGAAUAACAAGUCGACGAAGAGGAGAGGGAACAGCAUUAAAAGCGGACAAUAAUUGCUAAGUUAAUGGAUUUCUGUUUACUUUUUCACUUAACUGUGAAAAAUGUGGCACCCAACAUCAACAACAUCAUAGUAGAAAUAGUUUUUGUCUAUCGGUCUGUCGUUGAACAUUUUUAAAAAGAAUAAAAGAAACAACACAAACAAAUCACAACCACAAAACAAAAAUGCGAUAAAAAAAUAUAAGCAAAGACGAAUGCAAAGCACUGACAAAAAGUAAUUAAAUCUUACUGAAGUGAAUGAAUGUUUAAGUAGAAUACAAAAAGUGGAAUCUUUGCUGCACUCUAAUUUUCAUUAAAUGUUCAAUUGAUUUCCGGUCGAUCGCGUUUAACAAAUCAAUUAGGUGUUAGAAGUCAAAGGAACAAAUUUUCCUAAUUAACUAAUAAUUCAGGUUUCUAGAAAAAAUUAUUUUGGUGAUAGAGGGUAUAUAUAACUUUGUUAUUUU